UCUAUAGAAUGGGCUCCCCACGAGCAGGCGGUUUGUGCGUGCCCAGCAACGUCCGCAUGUCAUGCUGAAGAAGUGAUGCUCAAGGCCUGGUGUCGAUCUUGCUUCACUCGCCAGCGAAUGCUGUUAUUUGUGUCGCUCAGCGGACUAUUUACUUUCAUCUUAGCUCUAUACGGGCCAUUGUUAUUUCAGGACUUUACCACCACCAUCGAUAGAACUAUGGAGUUCCCUAUAUUCAAAGAUAGCUGCAAAUCAGCUCUGAAGCGUUUUCUGACACCAGCCGUGUUCGACAAACUGAAGGAUGUGCGCUCUGCUAGCGGUGGCAAUCUCAAGGACAUGGUCAACAGCGGUGUGCAGAACCAGGAUAGCAGUAUCGGCGUGUACGUACCUGAUGAGGAAAGCUACUCACGAUUCGCUGCCCUCAUCAACCCGAUCAUCGAGGAUUACCACAAGGGCUAUAAGGUCACUGAUAACCACCCGUCCGACUUCAACCCAGCACACCUGAAAGCUCCGAACCCCGACCCAGAGGGUGUGUACAUUCUCUCCACGCGUAUUCGUGUUGCACGUAACUUGAAAGGGUAUUCGCUGACACCAGGUAUCGGCUACUUUGAUCGACUAGAGGUGGAGCGUAAAGUGGUCGACGUCCUGGAGAGCCUAGGUGGCGAUCUGAAGGGUCGCUACUUUCCCCUCUCGGGUAUGCCUGAUGCCACUGCCAAGCAGUUGAUCGAUGAUCAUUUCCUCUUCAAGAAGGGUGAUCGAUUCCUGGAGGCUGCUGGUGUCAACCGUGAGUGGCCCUCUGGCCGUGGAAUCUUCCACAACGACAACAAGACAUUCCUGACAUGGGUGAAUGAAGAAGAUCAGCUGCGCAUCAUAUCCAUGCAGAAGGGUGGCGACAUUCAGGCCGUGUUUGAGCGUCUGGCCCGUGCCGUCAACGCCAUAGAGAGCAAGCUGGGAUUCCAGCACACGCCUAACCUCGGCUACCUGAGCUCCUGCCCGACUAACCUGGGUACGGGCAUGCGUGCCAGCGUUCACAUCAAGAUCCCACACGCGGCCGGUCACAAAGAAUUCCAGAGCAUCUGCGACCAGUACCACAUCCAGGCGCGUGGCAUUCACGGCGAACACUCAGAGUCGUCCGGCGGAGUCUACGACAUCAGUAACAAGCGUCGUCUCGGCUUGUCCGAAGUACAGUGUGUGCAGGACAUGCAUACUGGUGUUGUUAAGCUGAUCGAGCUGGAGAAGUCCGGUGCCAAGCCAGCUGCUAAGGGCAAGAAAUAGACACUUUUUUCCAACCUCCACCAGGCCACUAGGCUAGGCUAGUUGUGCGGUAUCUGCUGCGGCAGCACACUCGAUUUCUAUUGCAAAUUGAUCCAGCGUGAACGGCGGCCCUGCCUUGGUUGGCGAAUCAUGUUGUUGACGUCUUCAUUGAUGUCAUUAGUCUCGUCUCCAAAUGGAUUUUUUAAAUCAUUUUGAGAAUAGCCAAAAUUUCUAUACUAGUAUCUUAUUUUCUUUCAUGUCUUUGUCAAAAAAAACUAGGUGUUAUGAAAAACCUCUGGGAAAUGACCAGCCUAAUGA